AUGGUCUCCGCAAACGGUCUGGUAGUGCUAAAUAGGGGGAAGGAGAUCACCUUCAGGCGGGGUACGUCAGGAUCUAUUCUUGAUAUAACCAUUGCCUCUCCCCGCCUGGCUCGCAGGAUUAAAGAAUGGAAGGUGCUGGAUGAAGAGACCAUGAGCGACCACCAGUACAUAGAAUUUUCAGUCUCGGAGGAAAUUCCUAGAGGGCAUGAAAAACUGCAAAGAAGCAGUAAAUGUCCCUCAUGGAACCUCAAGAGACUGAACAGGGAGAAACUGGUUGAGUCUCUGGAAGAAUCGAGACUUGUUCACGAGCUCAACUGGAUGACGAAGCCAGUUUCUCUAAAGGGAACAGUGCGUGAGGCGAGGCAGGUAAUAGUAGAUGCUUGCAACCACGCUAUGCCUCGCCGGCAGACAAGAAAAACAGGGAAAGGGUCUAUGUACUGGUGGAGCAAGGAACUAGCCUGCCUGAGGAGAAAAAGCCACGCAGCUAGGAGAAAAUACACCCAUUCAAAGGGAGACUCCGAGCUGCGAGAAAAAUGGCAUGAAGCCAGGCUGAUCUUCAAAAAGGCAGUACGUAGUAGCCAACGCCGUUGCUGGCAGGACCUAAUCGGAGAAUCAGAAAGGGACCCAUGCGGAUUGGCCUUUAAGAUUGUCACUAAGAAAUUGGUGCCAAGGCAGAAAAUCUCCAGUCUGGACGAUCCGAUUUGGGUCCUGGAAAUUAUAAGGACGCUUUUCCCCCACGCGGAACCAAUCCAAAGGGAGGACUUUACUGAAUGUGUAGUAAGCAAGGAGGAACUCUUCACGCUUGAAGAGUUGUAA